GCCUGAUCACCACGUGCCGCAAUUUCCCCAAGUCGCGCCUGAUCAGUUUCUUCACCGUAUCCACGGUCAUGUCCAAAUCAAGAGCAAAUGCCUUUUUUUCUCAUCUUCGCCUCGUCUUGUCUUUUCCAAACUGUCCUGCGACCCCCUGUGCCUUGUUUGACAUAAUCCCCGUCAUUUGGCCGCCCAGAUGUUCUGCAAACGGCCUGCGACGCGGAUCGCCGCUAAUACGCUGCAGGAGGCCGAGAUGCAGAUGAACAGGGGCACCAAACACCACCUGCCGCCCCCAUCGCGGCUCACGGGGCACCAGGCGUUUUACAUCUUUGCCAUGGCCGGUGUGGGAGGUGGAUGUCUGUCAGCGGGCUUCAACUUUGCAAUUGCCUAUGCCAUGUACAACACAACCAAGCAGCCCAUCCAGCUGUUCCGCUUGCCCAACACUCUCGCGGGCGAUGCUGCGCUCAGCAUCAUCAUCCAAUGCAUCCUGACAUGGUUUGUCGAGUGGCUGCUCGUGGCGAACGACUUGCGUCGCCAUUCCGUCCAGCCCAUUGCUUUCCUUGAACAGCCCACCAGCUCGUCGCUCAGGUGGCUUCUCUUCCUGGAGCGCAACCCUUCGACGAAGCUACACAAUGCCCUGCAGCAAGCUCUGCGAGGCUUUCUCCUCUGCGUGCCCGCCUUCCUGGUCCUCUGGCCCGUCUCUGUCGGCAUCCUGACCAUGGUAGGGGAGAAGCAGGGCGGUGACUGGGUUUUUGAGAGGCUUUGGACGCCUCAGGUGUUCAAGGCCAUCCUCAGUGGCGUGCUUGGUCUGGUGACCACGCCUGUGAUGGCCAUGUUCUGGAUGGUCAGGGCUGGGUGGGAUGGUGAAAAGGAGGCGGACAUAGUGGCGAAGGUGGAAUGCUGAGGGAGGCAGGCGACGCGAUCAAACGAUUCACGAGCUGACGAAACAAUGCACGACUUGUCCGCAUGGACACAGGAGCACCCUACGAUAGAUAUUAAUAGACUAUAGCUAAUACUCAACAUGAUGAUACUGAAGGC